CACCACAAUCUCCUGUUGCAAAUAGCGGUUGCAGAGUUCUUGAAUGAAUGAGAGGAGGAAAGUGACACUACAUCUGUAUAUACCAUUAGUUAGACAGCCAUUAUGAUAUUACACUGCUUUUAAAAGGAUGUUGGAAAGCCUGGAAGAUUCAGCCAACAGCGACAAGAAUGAUUCAUGGUAUGGAAAAAUCUGACUUGCAGAGAGCAGUAACAGAAGUUCAUUCCAUUAAGUUUACCAACUAUAAGGUUAAAGGUGACUUAGGUUUUGGCUGUAAUUACCAACACAAGGACAGCUUAUCUAGUAUUUCAGCACUUUUUAAUUUAGCUGUCAUCAUACAAAACCACUGCAUUGCAAGCCCUAACGCUUUGCUCAAGUGGUGCCGAGAGCUCUGGCUGGACUUGGCACUGAGGGGAGGGCUGAUCCUGACUGUAUUUGGCAGGAAAUUUGUUGGCACCCUCAGUAAUAGAAGAGACAUAAUACCAACUUUGUAAACUUCCCAGACGUUUUUUAAAGGAGUCCGGCACUAAUAUUCCUCAAGGUCUGUCUGCUAACAAAUGAGAAAGACACAUGUGCAAUUGCAUUCAGCAUCAGUUCUGAAGACACCAAACUUGGUGAGCAGCCCCUUUCAGAAGUGAGCUGCUGUCACGCUGCGCGAUAUGAAUGUAUAGUAGACUGAAGGCACUUUACUGAUUUUGAAGAAGCAGUCUGAAAGGCAAGAUUUCUAGUUCUAGUGCUAUUUUAAUCUUAUAAAUCUCAGGAUAAGCUGGCUUCCCCAGAGCUGCUGGUGGCAGGAAUUAGCAUUGUGUGUUCUACCACUUGAGGAGUAAUCUCUGUCCGGUGUGUACUCCCCUGCCAUGCUCGUCAAAACAGAUCCAGUAGCUGUAGAUUUUUCCUCCUUAAGGAAUUCUACAAAGACGUUCUACCAGAACCCUCCGACGGCAAUUACUUUAGUCUGAAACUGUUAGGAAACAGAAAAUCUCAAUAUUCAAUUAAUCUGUUAAAUAUAUGGGGCAUAGGUUCAACAGAACAAUUCAUUGUGAUGUAAAAAAAAAUAUUCUAGGUACUUUUGAGUACAGGAUAAGAUCACUCCCUUUGCCAGGUUUAACGUAACAGGAGAUGCUUUCUCAUUCCUGCAGUGGUGUGCUUUUCAGCAUAUGUGGGCUUUAUUCAGUAUAAACUUUGAGGAAGGGGUGGAGUUCCCACAACAAAAAAUGUCCACAAUUAAGGGGAAAUUACAGAGCAAUUAUGCUACCUUCAAACAGCUGGAAAGCUUUGGCUGGCUUGAAAAAACUUUUCUCCCACAACCAGCAGCUCUCCCAGGCUGUUCAGCACUCACCACCCUGUUGCCGCUUACCCUCCCACCCACCCCCUUGGCAAAAUAUCAGAAAGCCUACUUUGAUAUUUUUUAACCCACGGAAGCUCUGGACUGCAGAACCGAGCUGCAACAGAGAUCCAGGUGUGGCUAUAAAUGUCACGCUUUGGAGUUCUGCAAAGAGGUCCUGGCAAUGGCCACGCAUUUUCCUGCAGAUCUGGGUUGCUGGAGUGGUGGCCCAGGCGGAGCGAGGGUCGCCGCACUGCUGUUGACUAAACGUAUGCUGUCCAUAUGUCGGAUGCAUCAGCUGGCAGGGAGCCUAGCAAAAGCCGCGGUGGCUGCAGCUUCCUUUCUCUCCCAUCUGGCAUGGGCACCGCGAGGAAGUAGCAGUGGGUGCCAAAUUAAAGACGACGACAAACAAAGAGAUAAGGAGCCAUGCAAGGGUGAAGCCAUUUCGGAAGCGAUGGUGGUAAUUCAAGAAGUCUUUAGUGAUCGCUUCAGGCUUCACUUCCCAGACCUUUAUUCUUCUAAGCAAAGUUUAUUCUUUCACAUGAUGCACCCUGUUAACCAUACACACACAAAGUUCUUGUAUAACUAACCUGAACCUUCGACUUUAAAUGCUCUGCCAACUCCCUGACAAGCCCCCUUUCUCUUGAGGCAGAAGACACGUUAUACUCAGUAAUGGAGCAGAACAACAGCAACGUAGAAGAUUUCUCUUUGAAUGUCUUUUCUGUCACUCCUUACCAGCCAAACAGAUCCGAUGUCCUGGUGUCAGAUGGGGAUAAAGCCGGCGCCACUUUGCUCUUUUCAGGUGUGUUCUUGGGACUGGUGGGGAUCACGUUCACCGUGAUGGGAUGGAUAAAAUACGACGGCAUUACUCACCUGGAGUGGACUCAGUUAUUAGGGCCUAUUCUACUGUCUGUGGGGGUGACUUUUAUUCUGAUUGCUGUCUGUAAAUUUAACAUGCUUACAUGCAAGCCCUGUAAAGAAAGAGAGGAAAAUACGUCAGACCUCGACCAGACGGCAAGUGGACAGUCCUUUGUCUUCACCGGCAUUAACCAGCCUAUAACUUUCCACGGCGCCACAGUGGUACAGUACAUCCCUCCGCCCUACCCAGCCCAGGAAGGCAUGGCCGUGAGUCCCGGCUACCUUCACCCGGUGCUCAGCUGCUGCGGUGCCGUUUCCUCCAGCGCCUCGCCAAUUCCCACCCCAGCCUCUGCUCACUUCUGCCCUGCCUACACCCUGGAUAACCCGGCUUUUGCCGGAGACGAGAACUACGCUACUUAUGCUGCAGAGAAUACCAGGAAUCAGAGGUCAGAGGACAGUUCUGAUGUGCCAGAAGAACUGCAAGAAGACCACCCCUGUCAUGACUUGUCACCUCCACGUUAUGAGGAAAUAUACCCGCUGUCUUCAUAAAAUAACCAUGCACGACAGACAACAAUUCUGAGAGAUGUCAGCUUUUCAAUCCCCCAGAAUCCUUUCUUUAAACACUUGCAUGACCGGCAAGUGUGAGCAAGAUCUUGGUACUGAUACACAGUUCAGUAUCACUGAAGAUAUUUAGCCAAUCCCUUCUUUUUCUCCCUCAAAAUUCAUUAGCCCUUUGCUAUGCAAUUUAAUACCAGAGCUAUUAAUUAUUUAAUAGCAAAAUGAUUAAUAGAAAAACUGUUAAACUCAAGGAUCUAAAUCCAUAUUAGAGUUCCCCAACAAGAAGCCUGAUUUUCAGACUUGCUGAAACCAGUGUGAACUGCGAAUGCACAAGACGUUUGUGGAAGCUCGUGAUUGCUCCUGGACAUUCAGCAUCAUUAGAAAACACUUGAUUUAUUCUUGGUAUAUUUUCCCUCUUGAUUGCUUGGGAAACUUCAAAAGUGUGCAAGUGUCUGAUCCAUGAAAGUGCCUCUAAUAUCUUGAAUCUGUCUAAUUCCUUAAACUAGCGCACUCGUUAAUAAGUCCGGUCUACAGAUUAGACUUCCUAUACUUGGUUCACCCAUCCAACCCAGUCCUGUAGGCAUUUUUGGAGCACCCUGCUUGAACCAGAGCAUCCCAGAACAGAGGAAAUACAAAUAGUGGCCUCUGCCCGUUUUUACACAGAUCUGUAAGAGAUCCUGCACACAUCAAAUUCGGUUCCUUUCCCCACCUGGUGGGAUGUAAAGCACUGUCUCAACAACUACUAGAUUGUUGUUCUAGGUUGAAGAAAAUGGCACCUUUCUGAAGCCUUGACAGAGGUGUGUGGUUCUACCAGUUUUAAAGGAUUCAACGAUCACAGCUUCUCCUUGCUGCACCCUCACUCUAUGGGAGAGCUGUGUGGAAUUCCUCCUGAGGUUCCUUC